AUGUUCAUCUCUGAAGCCGACCCCGACGAGGGGCUGUCCACCAGUGUUGCCCGGGGCGCUGAAUCGCGCGUUUCUGACAAGGCCCCUUACUUCGAUACCACCGUUGAAGUCGGUUCGACUGAGCAGCAUCCAGCGCCCGACGCAGGGCUGAAAACACCCUUACAGACAGGGUAUGAGUUGCAGGAUUUGGGCCCCGUUUGUGAUGAGGAUUCGGAAAAUGCCUCAGCGGUCACUGAACGACUACUUGGAGAGGAAGGACCAUUUCCAUGGAAGAAUCAACUUGGCAGCUCGAUUGCAAAUAAUGUUACACACCCAUUGUUCCCACCGUUACCGUCCUACGGACCGCCUUCCCUGAUUACCUCGGUUCAGCAUCUGAUCAUCCGCUGCGUAUCCUUCGUUUUAUCACUCGUCUUCCUCGGAACAGUCAUCCUGGGCGCUAUUAUUCAGACCGCUAGUGCAUCUGUCUUGCAGAUUCGUCGGAAGAUAGGUGGACCGUCUCCCCACACUACGAGAUUAUUUCACGAAGAGGAGCGGUCACGGCAGGUAGAGCGAAACAAGGCUUCGCGGAGGUGGAGUUACCGACGAGAGAAGGAGGUGGAUGAGGAGGCGCUGGAUGAAUGUCCGCCCUUGGAAGGGGGUAAGGAUCCGGUUGUAUGCGAUGUAGCAUACUACGCUAGACGGGUAGGGCUAGAUGUGGAGACCUUUAAGGUGCAAACCGAGGAUGGGUUCAUCCUCACCUUGUGGCAUGCCCGGCGCCCGCGAGGCCCACACGUCUUCACUGGCCAGACCAACCCCGAGGCCUCUCGCCGAGCCCCGGCCAAAUACCCUGUGCUCCUGAUGCACGGGCUGCUGCAAAGCGCCGGGGCAUUCUGUGCCAACGAUGACGACAGCCUUGCGUUCUUUUUGUGCAAGUCAGGCUACGAUGUCUGGCUCGGAAAUAAUCGGUGCGGCAUGGUUCCGGAACACACGACGUUGUUUCAGUCGGAUCCACGGAUGUGGGCUUGGAACAUCCAGCAGAUGGGGGUGCUGGACCUGCCGGCACUGGUUUCCCGGGUGCUCUUCGAGACAGGCUUUGAGAAGCUCGGACUCGUUGGCCACUCGCAGGGCACCGCAGAGACAUUUAUCGCACUGGCCAAGGAUCAGCGACCGGAGCUGGGGGAGCGGAUUUCAGUCUUCUGCGCCCUCGCGCCGGCCGUGUACGCAGGCCCCUUGGUGGAACGAGUUUUCUUUCGCUUCAUGCGGAUUAUCCCCCCUCUCGUCUUCCGGGCCUUCUUUGGCAUUCAUGCGUUCAUUCCUUUCAUGAUGACGGUACAUCGCCGGCUACAUCCGCGCAUCUAUGGCACGCUGGGAUACUAUGUGUUUUCCUUCCUGUUUGGGUGGAGCGAUGGGCGCUGGGACCGCGGCCUCCGCGAUCGCAUGUUUCAGUUUGCACCCGUGUACGUGAGCGCGGAGAUGAUGCGGUGGUGGCUGGGGGGCGAGUGCUUUGCCCACCAGAAGUGCAUCCUCGCGACGAGUGAGGUCACGCAGGCCGAGGCGGCGGAGGAUCAGCGGGUGGCGCGGGGCCAUGGCGAGGUCCUCCGUAGCGACACCGCGUGGUAUGGCCCCCAGAUGCCUCCUGUUGCUCUGUGGAUCGCAGGCUCGGAUGGUCUCGUGGACGGGCGCCGGUUACUGCACCGUCUCGAAAAUGGGCGAGAGCCGCACGUCCGGCUGGCGCACGCCAAGGUGAUCGAGGAGUACGAGCACCUGGAUGUACUUUGGGCGAUGGAUGCAAUCGACCAGGUGGGCCAGGAAGUGCGGCAAGUGCUUUGGGAGACGAUGCCGCAAGAGGCACGGACGCGAUGCCGAAUGCCACGGGGCGUGUGGACUGCACGAUGAAAUGCGAAACAUAUUGAUGACUCGAUGACAUACAACUGGGACUUGGGGUAAACUAGCAUAGACGGAUAAUUCGGCUGGGCGCAUGUACAUACAUAGCAUAUAGACUAG